AUGAAACCCUUCAAGUUUUCGGCCGAUUUUAUGGAUCCGAAUUGGAUCGAAAAAGAGAUACCUUUGUUGGCGCUAUCACGACGUGAGCGAUCUAUUCUUAUGCAUGCAACCUCAUCUUUUAUACAGGUAUGGCUAGUAACCUGAGGUCGCGGAGACGGCCGGCAGAUAGCAAGGAGGCCUCCGAACUGCUGGACAGAGUCGAAGGGUCCUUCAGGGAUUUGGUGGAGAAAGAUCGGAGGGAGAAGGUAAGUAGAUUUUUGGCUCAUCCACUUUUAAUAAAAGGAUACCCUUGGCUUCAAACAUUGGUUGAUUACUGUCGCCGCUCUCGCAAUCCUUUAUGGAUUGGUUGUAUUCCAAGAUCGUCGACUGCCGGAUGUUUUACCGGCAGAUCAGUUCGAACAAUUCAGUGAAGUUCGGGCUAGGGAAAUACUAAAUAAGAUCACUUCAUUGGGCCCUCGACCCAGUGGUUCCCAGGCGCUUGAGGUAAUAUUAUAACGAAGGAUUAUUUGGCUUGCAGGUGGAUGCCUUCAAAAUACUGAGUGACAAGAUUGGGCAGAUCAAGCAGUCCUUUGAAAGAACCAAUGUCAAUCGACUUGAAUUUGACGUGCAACGGCCUGUUGGCUGUUUCAAUCUGAAGUUCCUAUCAUCUUUUACCCUUUGUUAUCACAAGAUUACUAACGUUUUGGUCAGGAUUGGAUCAAAAAAGAAGCAUAGUCAUCACGCAGUUCUUCUCAAUUGCCAUUUUGAUACUCUUCCUGAUACUCCCGGAGCAACUGAUGAUGCAGUGAGUGUCCAAUUAUGGAAAUACAUUUGUUUAGGUAUCUUGUGCCAUAAUGAUCGAAACAUUGGAAGUGCUCUCGAAACGACCAACAGAACUGGAGAAUGACGUGAUCUUUCUGUUCAACGGUGCUGAAGAGAACUUCCUCCAAGCAUCCCAUGGAUUCAUCACUCAACAUCCCUGGAGACAUGACAUUCGAGCUUUCAUUAAUCUUGAAGGAACGGGCUCUGGUGGCCGCGAAAUCCUAUUUCAAGCAGGGCCCGGCGAUUCCUGGAUUCUGAAGGCCUAUCUCGACAAUGCCCCGCAUCCACAUUGUAGCGUAAUCGCUCAAGAGAUCUUCCAGUCAGGGAUCAUUCCAUCAGACACCGACUUCCGAGUCCUCAGAGAUUACGGUAGGUUAUCUGGAUUAGAUAUAGCCUACCAUCGGAAUGGAUGGGUCUAUCACACCGAGUUUGAUAAGGCCGCUGCAAUCACGGCCGGUUCCAUCCAGAGAGCGGGUGAUAAUGUUCUGGCUGUUACUCAGGCACUGCUGAAGUCGCCUUAUUUGGAAAAGCCUGCCAAUUUCAACGAAGAGAACAAAUGGGUCUUCUUUGAUGUGAUCGGACUGAGGACUGUGUUCUAUGAGAUUGGAACUGGUAAGAAUAAGGUCUAUAAGUAACAUGUUUUAGGCAAUAUUGUGAAUUACACCGUCAUCCUAGUGGUUCUCUUCAUGAUUGGAUUCAGAUUGGUUAAGGGAAUUUACUCUCCCAUUGAUCUCCUCUCAGCUUUUGGUCACAAUCUUUUGGCCUUUUUGUCCAUGCUGAUUGUUGGUUUGUUAAUUGUUGGCGCUAUCCAUCUCUGUGGGAUGAUUCUUUGUUGGUAUGCGAUGCCCGAGUUGGUCUUUCCCGUCUACAUCGUCCCCAUGUUGAUCUCCGGUUGUUGGACCCACUCUUAUAUCUCGGAGAGGAUGAAGAAGAACAAAAAAGAGUGGAAUGUAAGUAAUUUGCUGUUCAUAUUGUGUAAUGGCUUACAUAUUUCAGCCUCUCCGCCAAGAAUUGAUCCAUUAUGACUCCGUUCUUGUAUUCUGGGCGUCAAUUUUGAUGUUCAUGACUGCCAAGGGCCUUGCCAGUUCUUUCUUUAUCCUCCUUCAUGUCCUUUUCCCUCUUCUCAGAGAUCCUUUCAUCUUCUUAUUCUCCAAAUUCUCCAGAAAACGUAAGUUUAUUUAAUAAAGUAUGAUUUUUUCAGCCUUGACUCCAGAAAGAGUGCUCUUUACCCAAUGGAUCUGCCUCCUGCCAGUUAUCAGCUUUGUCAGUUAUGCAGUCAUGUUGUUCUUCGACUUCUUUGUCCCCGUGAUGGGUCGAAUGGGUAAUGCUAUAAAUCCCGAAUUCAUCAUGAUGCCUUUGUCUCUAAUCACCGCCUGGACUUUUGUUCUUUUCACUGUAGGUGUUACAAUCGAUGACUGAUAAUGAAUUCAGAGUAAUCUGGUAUACAUUAGUCGUCGAAUGGACUUCCUUCUGAAGAGUUCUGUGGCCGCAUUCAUCCUUUUCUUUGUGAUUACAGCCACCACAAACAUUGGGGUUCCAUAUAAAUGGUCGGAUGAUGGUCUCCCAAGAUUGCGUCGGAUCUUGGCUUUGGUGGGAUAAUUUUUUUAGAUGCAAUACUCUUGUUUAGCAUGCCAAGAGAUCAAUUUAUGGAUUUGAUGGAGUGCUCCAGUCCUCGGAUAAUGGUCUUUUCGUGCAAUCUUUCGAUUAUCGUGGAGUAGAUGAUCUCCCCCAGCACACUUUCCUUCAAGGCAGCGAUCGUCCCAAUUGUUCCAACACCAAAGAUGAGUACUGCCAGCUCCCAUAUUACACUGCCAUUCACGAAGUCAUUCCUCCAGAGUUGGUUUAACUUUUGUUUACAAUAUUACUGUAAUUGAUUGUUAUGUAAUACAAUAAUGAUUUAGAACUGCUCGAUGGGUCCCUCUGCCACAACCACCCACCCUUCCCAACCCUCUUUAUGUUCUCAUGGAUAACAAGAUCAUAUCGGAUAAUGGAAGAACGGUGAAUAUGUCUUUUGUUGUGAAGGGAGGCGUGGAUAAAAUGUCUUAUCAUAUCACUCCUCUUAAUGGAUAUCAGAUCAAGGAAUGGUCUUUCACGAAACUGGAUCACUCUACUUUUGGCAGGAGAGAUACUUACUUUGUUUUCUUAACUUAUGGAUUCGAGAGACCAGAAGAGCGUCGUUUUUGGGUUGUUCUGCAGAAAGAAGAAGAUGACAAAAAAGCGGAUAAGGUACCCUCGCUAGAGUUAUCGGUAGCGACUCACUACGCUCAUGGUAAGUGUUUUCUGGAUUACUGUGUAUAUUGUUUGACGAUUUGUUAUAGAAUAUUUUGACGUAAUGGUCUUGUUUUAGGUCGAUAUCAGAACUCACCGACCUUAUUCCAACUCCGCGCCCUCAUCAACACCCGACGUCAGACUCCCCACGUAGCCGUCGGCUAUUGGAAAUGGGCUAUCACGAUGAUCGGCGGCUCCUGUGAAUUGGUGGCCCAUCUUUUCUAA